CCAAGUCGCAACAAACAAAAGCAAAACACCAACAAAAUAAAAUCCCCUCUUCUCUCUCGGCUCCUCUCUCUCUCUCUCCCUUGCUCGCGCCUCUCUCAGAUCCAAAAGGAAAAACCCUAGUAAGCGCGAAACGGGAGAAAGACGAGAAGAAAACCAGAGUAUUGCUUUUGGAGCUCGAUCACUAAUGGCGUCGCAACAACCUGCCGGAUCUUGCCCAACUGCCCAAGUGGUCGGGAAUGCUUUCGUUCACCAGUACUACCAUAUCAUGCAUCAAUCUCCAGAGCUUGUGUAUCGGUUCUACCAGGAUAUUAGCAAGCUCGGCCGCCCCGAAACCGAUGGCUCCAUGAGUGCUGUAACAACCAUGCAAACUAUCAAUGAGAAGAUACUGUCUCUCGACUAUAGCAAAUAUAGGGCAGAAAUAAAGACAGUGGAUGCGCAGGAUUCGUUCAAUGGUGGAGUCCUUGUCCUUGUGACUGGGUAUUUGACUGGGAAGGACAAUGUGAGGAGUAAUUUUACUCAGUCGUUCUUCCUUGCUCCCCAGGACAAAGGCUACUUUGUUUUGAAUGACAUGUUCAGGUACAUGGAAGAGUUGGAACUUCAUGAUGGGAACCAGGGGUUGCCUAAUGACGAGGUCGCACCUCUUGCUCCAGAGCAGGAUCUUGCUCCAGCACAGGAACAUCAGUCUACGGAGCAACCAGUACCAGAAGAAGAAGUCAAUGUAGAGGAAGUUUAUAAUCAUUCUGACAAUGAGGGUGAUUCAGUUGUGGAAGAGGAAGCACCUGUGUCUGAGGUUGUUGAUGAAAUUCAGAUUGAACCUCAGAUGGUUACUGAGUCUAGCUCUGCUGUCCAAGAAGAAGUGCCUAAGAAGUCGUAUGCUUCAAUUGUGAAGGUUAUGAAAGAGAAUGCAGCACCCCUGUCGGCUCCAGCACCUUCUCCUGUGAGGCCAGGACCAGCAAAUCAAGAGCGACAGAUGGCCCCAACUCAGUCACCAUCUCCAGCAAAUGAGACACCAGUGUCCAACUCAAAUGCUGCUGAAAAUGGUAGUCACCAAGAAGGAGAAGGUGAUGGCCACUCAAUUUAUAUAAGGAACCUGCCACUGAAUGCUACUCCCGCACAGCUUGAAGAAGAGUUCAAGAGGUUUGGACCUAUCAAGGUUAAUGGUGUUCAAGUUAGGAGCAAUAAGCAACAAGCAUUUUGUUUUGGCUUUGUUGAAUUUGAGGUGGCAAGUGCUGUGCAGAGUGCAAUAGAGGCAUCACCCAUUAUGAUUGGAGGUCGACAAGCUUUUGUUGAGGAAAAGCGGGCAUCAAGUUCUCGAGGUGCUGUUUUUGCAGUGAAUAACAGAGGUCGAUUUCCAGUUGGGCGGGGAACUGGGUUCAGGAAUGAUGGGGCAAGAGGCCGUGGAAACUAUGGAGGUGGUAGAGGUUAUGGCCGGAAUGACUUCAACAGGAAUGAAUUUGCUAACAGGAGUAAUGGUGGUGGCAGGGGAGGAUCUUCAAACCGUGGUGAUGGAGGAUAUGGUGGCCGUGUGAACCGUGCUGGUUUGGCUGUUAAUGAAACAGAAAAGACUGUAGCACCAAGGGUGCCUGCUACUGCUUGAAGUACUGGAAGUAAGAAGGUAUAAGUUGGGCAGUGAAGCAUUGUUAAUGGUGAUUCUUCAAGUGGUUUGAUAGCAAGUGCCUGGGUUGGGUAAUGCUGCAUCAUUGGGAAUUAUGAAGAGGUUCUGUAUGAUUUCUGUAAGCCUCAUUUUUUGUUUCUUUCCCCCUCAUUUCAUCUUUUUGCCAUUUUGGCAGAAGCGGCAGUAGGUAUAUGACUAGUAACCCAUUGUGUUCGUGUAGUUAUUUUAGCCACAUUAAGUCCCCAGUUGAGGCUUUCUUUCUGUUUUUGGGAUUUUUUGCAGCUUUUACAUUCUUUCUGUGGGAGAUUACAACCUAGUUUAAGGUUAGCCUUUUUACUUUAGGGAUUUAAUCGAGUGAAACAGCUGGGCAGUAAGACUGUAUCCUAGUUGCUAGUUUCUUUGCUUUUUUAGAUCUUUCCCCCAUCUUCUAAGGGGGACUAAAUGCUGAAAAAUUGACAUGAUAUGAUUUAUGAGGAUACUGUAUCUUUCUCAGUAAACGGAUUGCAUUGGGUCCAAUGGCUUUGUAUUUCUCUUCCAUUUUGUUGCUUUUCAAGUAUUCCUUUUUAAUAAGAUCUCGUAUCUUGUGGAUUUCUCUCUCCAA